UCACCGCAACGGAUGAGUAUUAUUAGACUUUUUUAAAAAAAAUCAGUACCUGUACAUUAUUAUAAAUUAGUAGCACUGCGAUGAGGGUUGCUAUUCGUGCGGAUAAAUAAAAGCAAGUUUAAAAUUGUAAUAAUUUUAAACAGGUUUUAAAAAUUAUUGUGCAAAAUUUAAAAAUAUCUUUUCUCCCAAAAACUCACCGAUUAAAAAAAGCGUUUUAAAACACCUUGCGAGUGGUCACCAGUCCAAUCGAGAUGCCUGGACGGAGUGUCUCUCUCGCACCCGCCGCCGUCGGAGCCCGAUCCUGGAGGGACGAGGCGUUUCGCUCCGUUCGCCGCGCUGAGCAGUUAGUCCGGCGGGUCGGAGCGGUCGAUCCGAAGCUGGUUCGGAACCGCAGCCACAGCGCCGGGCUCCUCUACACCACGCGGUGUAAACCGAGGGCAGGAGGAGACACUGAGCGGAGCUCGACCGGAGGACACGGUGCCCCAGACACUCAGCACGAUGGAGAUGGAGAGGGAAGCGCGCGUGUCUCUAAAGGAGCUGCGGCCCGCACACGCUCAGCCGUAGCACCAGCCAUCUCCACCAUUGCCCUACCGUUCCUGCGGGAGCAGUGCGGGGAUGACAGUGUGGUUGCUGCCGUGGGGUACAUGAGAUGUGUUCGUGGUGCGGAGGGACAGCUGCGUGGGCUGGCGGCCAAAGUGUGGCUAGAGUGCAGAAAGCUGGAGAGGGAGCAGGGGCAUCUGGAGAAGAUGCUGAGAAUCCUGAGGAAGGACAUUCUGGUCAACAGGAAAAGUGUGGAGGACAGGACACUGAGACCUGCCACUACCGAGACUAACAGGGAUGUAGCAGAUAAUCUCCUGGAUUAUGAGAAAAAAGAGCUGACUCAUGUGAAGACUGAGCUGGAAGGCACACUGAGAGACACACUGACACAACUUCAGACUCUGAAGCAGUGCAGCAUGAUGUUACUGGAUUGUGCAAAUGAGAGGGCCAGAGUUCUGGACUUGCUCCCCCGCACUGGAUCCCAUGCUGCCAGAGACCAUUGUCCUCCUGCCAAAGUUCCUAUUAAGCCUAACCCUCUAGGGCACUACAGCCCAGAUUGUGGACAGGUAAUGAAAUCCUCAGAUACGGCUCUCAAACAAUCAAGGGCUCUCAGAGAUCACAUUCGGCACAGAGUCGGUGAGGCCAUUGCCAGGCAAAGAGCAGCUCACCAAACUGUAAAUGAGGGUCUGGUGAAGAAAAUAGCAGAAACCAUAACCCUGAAGCAACUCCUCACAGUGAGCUCAGCGGAAACAAGGCAAGCCAUUAACCGCAAGCAGAGACAGUUGGACAAUGUUGAGCAUAACCAUGGCAGGGCACUGGGCCCAGUGUCCCGAGGAGAUCUGUUUUCCAGAGAGAGGUUGAACAGACCGAUAGUUCAGGUGUACCAAAGGCAUCCUGAUACGGAAUUACCUGAGGCUAUGAACCUUGUACAGGGUACCGCCAUGCUCCGCAAAGGUUUGUCAACCCUGAGUGGAGAACUUGCUCAGCUAAAUGGUGCCUACCAGAGACUGGUGGACAACUUGCAUGGGAAGGCAGUAGCAGCCAAGGUUGAUUCUGCAAUUGUGAGAGAGCGCCGUCGUGAGGUGGACCAACGAGGGAUGCAGUCCUUGUUCUUACAAGACAUAAACUAGCAUAAUAUCCCAGCACAUGACACUGUGCCCUAUGAAUUACCGCAGCAGUGGACAUAAGGAUUUGCUUAGAUUGAUCAUUGUAACAGUUCACAUCCAAUCUAUUACGUGAAUAAGGGUUCGUGUGAAAAAAGAUGUAUGCGAUGUACGUAUAAUGGGAAUGUGGUGUGAAUUAAUUAAAAUAGGAUAAUGACCAAUGAUUCUGUUCUAAAUGUUCAUAUUUCCCAACAUAUCUAUGUUUAAUGCAGUUACAUUUGUGUUUACUGUAUGAAGUUGCCACAGACACAUUUAUGGGCUAUUAUUUUUACAUGGUACCUUAUAGAUCAAUUCCAACAUGCAGUGUGUUAAUCCAACUGAUACUUCUCUGUACCCAAACAUUGGACAAUUCUGGUUCUCUAGUCCAAAGUAUACAACUAUACAUUUAACCU